AUGAUCACCUUACAACUCGAACACACAUUUACUGAGCCAUAUUUAGCGCCUAACCUAACCUUACCUACCCACUUCUUUUGGUGUCACGAAGUAUCGAAUACAGAACGGGAAUUGGCUAAAGUGCGUGAGGAUUUUAAAGAGUUGGAGGGUAGACUGAAGUGGACCCAGAGCAAGUUGCGGGUAGAAAUGGACGCUUAUAAGGAAAGUACCGAGCGGGCGGAUAAACUCGCACAACAACUCACUGAGUUAGAAGCGGCGAAGGAAGCAGCUGUUUUGAACUCCGCAGACUCUUUGAAGGCUAGGCAAUUGGAAAGUGAAUUAAAAGAAACCCAAGCGACACUUAUACUAUGUAAGCAUGAGAAGGAAGACCUGGACAAAAGACUGACUACAGCUCUACAGCAGUUGGAGACUUGUAAGGGGGAAAGGGACGAGGUGACUAAUGCACUCUCUCUCGCACAGGCUGAGUUAGAAAGAGUGAAGGCACACGCCAGGAGUCUCGAAGAGGAGGCUGCUGAGUUGGCAGCUUUGAGGGCUCAGGCGGCGCUGGCCGAUACGCUUAGCUCACAAUUGCAAAGGGAAACCGAACUCCGGAACCAAGCUGAAACGUCAUUAGCGUUGGAAAGGGCGCGGUCCGAGACGUGCGUACGUCGUGAAGCGGCAGCCCUCGAACACGCCGCGAAGCUCACGGCGACACAUGUAGCUGAACGGGCACGCGCGUCCGAACAUGAAGCUAAGGCGCAAGCAUUGUCAGCGGAUAAUUCGUCGCUUCGUGAGCGUGUAACGUUCUUGGAAGCGGAGAUUUCUUCACUGCAAAUAUCGUUGAAUGAUGAAAUGGAGAGGAGGAAUAAGGAGACCAGGGUUUUAGCUAGAAAAGUGGCUGAAUUGACGACAGAAGCCGCAGAAGCUAACAAGAAGUUGGAGUGGGAGAAGGGAGAAGUUGGUGUCUUGAAGAAGAAACAUGCCAGUGCUGUGAAGGAGUUGAAUCGAGAACUCCAGCGUGCGUUGAAACGCAUCGAACAACUGGAAGCCAAGUUACCGCAAAAUGGUGAUACUACUUCUACUAGAACUGGCUCCGUGACGUCACUAAGCAGCGGUGAAGGCCCCGAAGAGAAGUUACACAAUGGACACCAAACUGACUUACCAGAAAUACAGGAAACUCGAUCACCAACGACCAGAGAACCAGAUAGACAAGCCCUAAUAGAACGAAUAGUCCAACUCCAAAGAGCGGCAGCAAGACGUGCUGAAAGAUGCGAGUUCCUGGAAGAGCAUUCGAAGCAGUUGACCAACGAAUUGCGGGGGAAAUCCCGCUUGUUGCGACACCUUCUUGCGUCUAUGCCCGCUGGAGCUGUCACCUCACAGAACAGUGAUAAAAAUAAGGUAAGAAUGUUCUUGUUAACUGGUUUAUUGCUUUUCUCGAAGUAUUGCUGUGGUGUAGCUCAGGCACCAAGCGUUAUAUUGUUCUGA